AUGGUUGCUCUCAGUCUCCUGCUCCCCUUAGGAUGGUGCACUUCAUCAAUACUUGCAACACAGACGCUCGUGGAAAACAACUGGUGGGAUGCCUUCCCAUCGGAGCGUUGGCCAACAGCUGCCGAUACCAUCGACGGCUUCUCGCAGCAAUCUCCUAUCAGAGAAACUCGACACGAUAUGCGUUCCCUGUUACAACCUAUGAUGGCAGGGUCUUCAGCCCUACCCGACCGUUUCGCCGCUGGCUCCUCGUCUUUCUUGCCACUGAAUCCACUAGCAGAGACCAAACAUACUGAAGAGCAGACCGAAAUCUCCGCAGGCCCUUUUACAAAUCUGCCCUUACUCGAAAAACCUUCAGAUUUGAUCGAAUCACUUUUCCCACAUCAUGACGGGUUUAUGACGCCAGUCCUAUCCAAUAGUCAAAGUCAUCAAGCGGAGCUUUGGCCAACAGACGCUGAUAUAUUGGCCUGGUCGCCAAAACAUCUUAGCGGAAAAACUCCACUCGAGCUACACUGGCAGCGGGCUGGGGAGGCCUCCCCAGAUCGACUUCUUUCCCUGUUACAACCUAUGGUGGAAGGGUCUUCAGCGUUAUCCGAUCGUUUCGCCGCUGGCUCCUCGCCCCCGCAAGAAGUUCCACUGAAUCCACUCACAGGGACCAGAUACAGUCAAGAGCAGACCGGAAUUUCCGAAGGCUCUCAUAAAAAUUCACCGCACUUCUUUAAUACUCCAGCUGAUGAAGGCUCAAAUUUCAAUUUGGUAGAUUUGCUUCUCCAACACUAUCAUGGUUCGAUGUCGCCAGCCCUGCCCAAUAGUCAAAGCGAUCAAGCAAUCGUUCAACCUUCCCUGGGCAGUGACUCAAACCCGUCUAGUCCGUCGGGUAGCGCUACCAGUGGUUCAUCUUCGGUCCCUUUGGAGCCGGUGCUAGUUGGAUCACAUCAACUGGAUAAUCAGCCACUGCAUGACCCAUCAAACCAGUUCCGUCGGUCCAAGUCUUUCGAGGCAUCAACCCUUCUGAAUAAGAAUUACGAAAGUGUUUGUCGUGACGUCAAUAAAAAGGAAUUCCAUUGCUCCCGAAAACCUCGACGUUACCCUCGCGGCACAAAGCUGUCACCUAUACACCCAGAUCUACCCCUUGGAAUGAUGGAACCUGCGAUACGGUUACCCUAUCCAAGUCCCGCCCGUAAGAUAGUAAGGGUUUUAGCGGCUAAGACACUUCUUGUUCAGGAACAUAGGAAGAUUCAAAAGCUGUACAAGACGUUGCUCUUAGAAAUACACCAGCGUCAUCAGUUCGCGAUGCAGUUAUAUGACAAAACAGAAUUUAUGAAUGAGUCUCAAGCAAUUUGGUUGGACUGGCUGAAGAAUGAAAUCUUUGAUCCUAAAGAUAGCUUACCGAUUUUCGGGAGCAUCGAAGUUACAUCCCCAUACCCAACUUGGAAAUUAGGAGAUAAUCAAAAAGAAUUGAUAAGAUACUUCUCCCAAAAGUUCAUCGAAAAUCCAACAGUGGAACACACGGCAACCUACCUACUAAGGAAGUACCUCAGAGCUCAUGGUCAGCAUUGGGGCAUUGAAAUUUGA